UAAGAUUAUUAGUCCUAGACACUAAAUAUAUAAUUAUUUUAAUUUCAAUAAAUGUGAUGCAUUGAAAUAGAAAUAGAAAUAAUAAAUGUGAUAUUAAAAAAAGAAAUUGAUAUGAAUAUAAGUAACAAAAUCUUUGGUAAGAAUGGGCAAUUUCCCGUGUUUAAGAAAAAAAAAAAAAAAACUUUUUGUCAUUGUAGCGAAGCAAACGCCUAUUUCUCAAUCCCUCUGUUUCUAUUUCAUAAAUUUCCUGUGUUCGCGGGUCUUACAGGCGACACGCUUUUCUCUCCUUACACAUUCAAUCCAUCAAUCAUCCUUCUAUUUUAUUUCCAUCAAAAAAAUCAUCCCUUUCCCUCUCUUCUUUUCCUCUCGAAUACAUAUCCAUAAACCAAACUUAACGAUGAUCAAUCUUUUGAGUUUUUAAGUUUAUGUGAGAAUUUGUAGCAAAAGAAAGGCAAAGAGAUGUCUGCAGGUUUUGUGGGUGUACUUGUUUCUGAUCCAUGGCUUCAAAGCCAGUUUACACAAGUUGAGUUACGCACCCUCAAGGCCAAGUAUGUAUCAAUAAGGACAGAGGGAGGUCGCGUCACUGUGGGGGAUUUGCCUCCUGUUUUUGUAAAAUUGAGGGCUUUUACUGAGGUUUUUAAUGAGGAUGAGAUUAAGGCUAUAUUGAAGGAGUCUUAUUCCAAAGCAGAAGAAGAAUUAGAUUUCGAAACCUUCCUCCGGGCAUAUUUAAAUGUGCAAGCACGAGUACCUGCAAAAUCAGGAGGAAAAAAGCUCAGAUAUUCUUCUUCAUUUCUUAAGGCAUCUACAACUACUUUUCGCCAUAACAUUAAUGAAUCCGAGAAGGCAUCCUAUGUUUCCCACAUUAACAACCACUUGGGAGAAGAUUCAUUCUUGAAGACUUAUCUUCCUAUAGAUCCAGCAACUAAUGCUUUAUUUGAUCUUGUGAAACAUGGAGUCCUUCUUUGUAAGCUUAUCAAUGUGGCUGUUCCUGGGACUAUAGAUGAGCGAGCUAUUAACACAAAAAAGGAAAUGAACCCAUGGGAGAGAAAUGAGAACCACACCCUUUGUCUCAAUUCUGCAAAGGCAAUUGGCUGCACAGUUGUCAAUAUUGGAACACAAGACCUUGCUGAAGCUAGACCUCAUUUAGUACUUGGAUUGAUUUCCCAAAUUAUUAAGAUUCAGCUGUUAGCAGACCUUAAUCUGAAGAAAACUCCUCAACUUGUCGAAUUAGUGGACGAUAGCAAGGAUGUGGAGGAGCUCAUGGGUUUACCGCCUGAAAAAGUUUUACUGAAAUGGAUGAAUUUUCAUCUAAAGAAAGCUGGUUAUAAUAAAGAAGUUACAAACUUCUCUUCUGAUGUGAAGGAUGGAGAAGCCUAUGUUUACCUGCUUAAUGCUCUUGCUCCAGAACUCAGUACCCCUGACACCAAAGCUGCUAGUAAUCCGGCCGAGAGAGCAAAAGUGGUUCUUGAGCAGGCAGAGAAACUGGAUUGCAAAAGAUACCUCAAUGCUAACGACAUUGUUGAGGGCUCCCCGAAUCUUAAUCUUGCAUUUGUUGCACAGAUAUUCCAGCACAGGAAUGGAUUGUCAACUGAUACAAACAAGAUGCCUUUUGCUGAGAUGAUGGAGGACGACGCUGAAACUUCUCGUGAAGAGAGAUGUUUCCGGCUGUGGAUCAACAGUAUCGGAAUCGUUACAUAUGUUAAUAAUGUUUUUGAGGAUGUCAGAAAUGGUUGGGUUCUUUUAGAAGUGCUGGACAAGGUUUCACCUGGCUCUGUUAAUUGGAAGCAAGCAACUAAGCCUCCUAUAAAGAUGCCAUUCCGAAAAGUUGAGAAUUGCAACCAAGCUAUAAAGAUAGGGAAGGAAUUGAGUUUCUCUCUUGUGAAUGUUGCUGGGAAUGAUAUUGUCCAGGGAAAUAAGAAGCUCCUAUUAGCAUUUCUGUGGCAGCUAAUGAGGUUUACGAUGCUUCAACUCCUGAGGAACUUAAGAUCGCACUCCUCCCACUCCCAAGGUAAAGAGAUUACAGAUGCUGACAUUCUGAAGUGGGCAAAUAGCAAAGUGAAGAAAGUAGGUAAAACAUCUCAAAUGGAGAGCUUCAAGGAUAAGACACUUUCAAAUGGAGUUUUCUUUCUCGACCUUCUUGGUGCUGUGGAGCCAAGGGUAGUCAAUUGGAGUGUUGUUACUAAAGGAGAAAGUGAUGAGGAUAAGAAGUUAAAUUCCACCUAUAUAAUUAGUGUUGCCAGGAAGCUUGGUUGCUCCAUUUUCUUAUUACCUGAAGAUAUUAUAGAGGUAAACCAGAAGAUGAUGCUUACUUUGACUGCAAGCAUAAUGUUUUGGAGUCUGCAGCAUCAGGCUGCGGAGCCAGAGUCAUCUGCUGCUGAAGACAAUGCUGAUGCAUCUUCUACAGCAUCAAUGGAAGGCGAGAAUGAGGCAGCUCUGGCUGGUGAAGUUUCUGAUAUGACUAUGGACGAUGCUGCUUCAGAUUCGGCUAUGUCUCCUUAGGUUGGCAAUGAAGAAUAGGGAGAAUGACCUCAAAAUGCAGCAUCAUUUUUUUCAUCAGAAGAGCGGGAAAGAAACUAGUUUCUGGCUGCAUACAUAUGGCAGAUAAUGAAUUGUCGUAGGAAAGAGCAGUCAUCUUUAAAGUGCUCAUAAGCCAUGGAAGGAGGGAAAAAAUAACUAUGUAAAUUACCAUUUUGUAAGUAGAGAUUGCUGUGCUUAGGCAUUUCUUUAAACCAAAAAGAUUGCACUUACUGUGCUGAAUAAUUUCACUGGAAGAGAAAACAAUUAAUAUUAUUUGCUGUUGCAAAAAGAAAAGUGUUAUUGAUAGAUAGCAAUUGAAGGCUUGGCCGUCAAUGGGAA